AUGAAACAGAGCAAUCACAUUGUGGCUCUCAAGGUUCUUUUCAAGAGCCAGCUUCAACAAUCUCAAGUUGAACAUCAGCUCAGAAGAGAAGUCGAGAUUCAGUCUCAUCUUCGCCACCCUAAUAUACUCAGGCUCUACGGUUACUUCUAUGAUCAAAAACGAGUUUAUUUGAUACUUGAAUAUGCUGCUAGGGGUGAGCUCUAUAAAGAAUUACAGAGAUGCAAAUUCUUUAGCGAGAGACGUGCUGCAACUUAUGUUGCGUCGUUGGCGAGGGCUCUCAUCUAUUGCCAUGGCAAGCAUGUGAUACACAGAGAUAUUAAACCUGAAAAUGUGUUAAUUGGUGCUCAGGGUGAGCUCAAAGUUGCAGACUUUGGUUGGUCAGUACACACAUUUAACCGCAGAAGGACAAUGUGUGGCACACUAGAUUACCUUCCUCCUGAGAUGGGUAAUGUUGGAACACUUGAAAUGAAUUAA